UACACUAUGAGAGCAGUACACUAUGAAAGCAGUACACUAUGAGAGCAGUACACUAUGACUGCAGUACACUAUGACUGCAGUACACUAUGACUGCAGUACACUAUGACUGCAGUACACUAUGUGAGCAGUACACUAUGAGAACAGUACACUAUGAGAGCAGUACACUAUGAGAGCAGUACACUAUGAGAGCAGUACACUAUGACUGCAGUACACUAUGAGAGCAGUACACUAUGAGAGCAGUACACUAUGAGAGCAGUACACUAUGAUUGCAGUACACUAUGAGAGCAAUACACUAUGAGCGCAGUACACUAUGAGCGCAGUACACUAUGAGAGCAGUACACUAUGAGAGCAGUACACUAUGAGAGCAGUACACUAUGAGAGCAGUACACUAUGAGAGUAGUACACUAUGUCUGCAUGACAUCAUGAAAUUCUAAAUUCUUGAUGACGUCUACCGGUCAGUGGUGAGGCUACAUCAGUCUUUCAGUCUCCACGACAAAGAACAAACCUCCUUCACAUCAACACAGACUUCUCCAGAAAAUCUGAAAGACUCGUGCAGUCCAGCCAGGAGACGCCAAAUUGUAGUGGACAUUUUACAACACUCGCAGACUCGUCCUCUGAAGGGAACAAUCAUGGGAUUUAAAGGAGCCAUGAAAACGUUUUCAAAGAAACUAGGAUUUAAAAGCAGUGGCUCAAAGGCUGUAGAAGCUGAACUUGAGAAAUUAAAGAAGGAAAAUGCCCAGCUGAGGAUGACCUUGGAGGACAUGUCGAAACAAAAUGGAAGGCUUUAUCCUGCAUGUCCUGAGUCAGAUGAAGCCAAGAUGCUGGAGGUUCCUUCAGGUGAGAUCGCCAUUCUCAAGGAGCAACUGCGAGAUGCUCAGGAAAAAAAUCAGAAAUGGAAAGUUUAUGACCAUGAGAGAGAGUCCCGUAUGCAGUGGAAUCUGGCCAGACGUAUAGAGCUCGAGCAGCAGUUAAACCAAGCCCAGCGAACACUAGAACAACAGCACGAAGAGACCAAAUCAGAAGGUCAGUCACCUGCCUCCAUGCAGCAGGAGAAGCAGCUGCAGAAGAGCCAGAGGGAGAUGGAGGAGGAACGCAAAAGAGCGAGCCGCCUACAGGUCGAGUUGGUGGAGCUGAAAGCCAAGUAUGAAGAGAAGAGCCGUGAGGUGGUGCGAGUCCAGGAGGAGCUGCAAGUGGAGCGUAGAAGUUGGCGACAAACUUUAGCUUUACGGCAUGAAGAUCAGAAAAGAAUGGCUGUUUUAGAGCAACAGAUCCAAUUGUCUGCUAGAGACUUUGAGAACGAGAAACAGGACCGACAAAGUCUACAGCACCUGCUCCACAAAGUGCUGAAGGAGCUUCGCAAGGCUAGAGACCAAAUCACACGCUUGGAGUCGGCGGAAAUCCACGUUCACCAAAGUAUCACUUUUAAAAAAAAGAAACUGCAGCGAGAAACUCGGUUCUCUGAGCCAAGCUCAUGCACCAGGCUGGAUUUGGAUAAGACGACCAAUCAGGACUGUAUCCUGAACCCCACAUCUCCAUUAAAGAGCUCCAACACAUUGGAUGAGCGCUUUCUGGACUGUCCCAUCUGCAGGGCCUCAUACCCUGUCAGCCAGCACAGAAAGCUCCUUGAACACAUUGACUACUGCUUUAAUUAAGGGAUUAGGGCUUGAUAUUGCUUAUAUUUUCCAUUUUUCCUCUUUUUUAUGUCUUUUUAUAUUUUUGUAUUCCAAAUAAAAUUUCCACUGUUUUUUUCAUUUA